GUCCCUCCAUCGGCCGCUCUCUUGCCAUUUGCAGCCGCUCUUUUCAUCAGACAAAGCACCUUCCUCGGCAUUGUAACUCGCCCCGACUCAGCGCGUCUUCAUCCAUCUCUCACCAUUCCAAUUCUUUUUCGCAAACCUAUCAUAAUCCAUCAUAAUGUCCGACUACGGCGGUGGUGAUGAUGAUCGCGAGCCUCUCAACGACGAGCCCGCGUUUGACGAAGACCCCGAUGAGUACUACGAGCCAGAGCCGGAAGCGGCGGAGGAGGACGAUGCUGCACGCGCCCCGGAGCUUGAGGGCGAGAACCAGGAUACCGACCACGUCGUCGCGUCGGGCGACCCCAACGCGGCCGCUAAUCACGGCAAGGGUAACGACAAGUCGCACAAGGACAAGAAGAUCCCCAACGACCAGCGAACGACCACGCCCUUCAUGACCAAGUACGAGAAGGCGCGCAUCCUGGGGACCAGAGCGUUGCAAAUCAGCAUGAACGCGCCCGUAUUGGUCGACCUCGAGGGUGAGACGGAUCCACUGCAGAUCGCCAUCAAGGAACUGAGGGAGAAGAAGAUUCCCCUCAUCGUCCGUCGAUACCUGCCGGAUGGAUACUACGAGGACUGGACUUGUGAGGAGCUCCUUCAAUGAGCUGGUUGUGUGUUAGGAAAGACAAAGAAAACCAUAAUUGCAUUAGCGCGGGCGUUGGGGUAUAUUACUUGUUUUGGGGGGAACGGAGGCAAUUCCACGAUGGAAGGGAGCUAUACCAUUUUAUUCAACCCUUCCUAGGAGGGCCUGCCGAGUUUACUACAUGCCGUCUCCAGUCGGGCAUUGGGAUCAAACUGGAAUUCGAGUGCGCAUGGACGAGGACAGCGUAGCUCUGGCAGGCGGAGGGUGAGAAUCACCGAGUGGUGAUGGGAUAAAUGGAAUACCACAUAGCCGCCCAUAGCCCGAAUCCUGCAUAUCAA